UUUUUUUUAUAAGGUAAUCUGUCAAACGCUCAGGUCUGACUGCCUGUCAUGUGUUUCUGUCACAUGGAGCAUAAAUAUGGGUGUAAAUAGCUAACGUUAGCCAAUUAAUUUGUGGGCUAGAAGCACACCAGACUGGCACUCACACUGCGGAUACAUCAGGACUGUGACAGACUUUGGAUGGAGUCAGCACCCAAGUUUUCAUUGUCUUGUGUAGUCGCAGUGAAGGACCUCAGGGUUCAGGAUUCACGUCAUUCUGCACAUCAGCGAAAGAAGAAUGGUCAAGUAUUUCUGUAAUAACACAGACAUCAGGGGGAUGUGGGACCAUGUUGUCUCUGCUUUCUGGCAGAGGUAUCCGAACCCUUUCAGCACCCAUGUUCUCACAGAGGACGUUGUGUACCGGGAGGUUACUGCGGACCACCGGCUUCUCUCCAGACGCCUCCUGAUGAAGACCAACCGGCUGCCUCGCUGGGCGGAACGCUUCUUCCCUGCUGGCAUGUCUCGCUGUGUGUACAUCAUUGAGGACUCCAUCGUGGAUCCUGUCAACAGGAGCCUGACAACCUACACGUGGAACCUCAACCACACAACUCUCAUGUCAGUUGAAGAGCGUUGUGUUUUCCGAGACUCCGAGGAGCAGCCAGCCACCACCCAGCUGAAACGGGAAGCGUGGAUAUCGUCAAGCAUUUACGGCUUCUCCAGACCUAUUCAGGAGUUUGGAUUGGCCCGCUUCAAGAGCAACCAGGUUAAAGCCAUGAAAGGGCUGGAAUACGCACUGUCAAACUUACAGGGAGAGACGCCCCAGCGGCUGCUCAGGGACACGGUGAAAGACGCAUCAGAGAAAGCCAAGGAGGCGGCCAAGAGCCUGGCAUCAGCUGCUGCUGUCCCACAGAAACCCCAGCAGUAUGUAUGACAGGACAGAGUGUGAAGUACUGUACAGGUGACAUGAAGCCAGCACAAUGCCUUUUGAUCAUCUUGAUCAUCUCGACGAGACUGAAGUUUUGCUGGGAUCUCGCUCAGUGCUGUUUUUAUCUGUGUCCUUCUAUUGUUUGAACCAGGUCUGUCUGUCUGGUUAGCUUAUCUCUCUACCGCUAGACUGGUUUGUAUGUCUCUCUCUGUCCUUUCAGCUCUGUCUUUCUCUUUCUGUUCUCAUUAAAUCUCAGGUCUUUAGACUUUGAAUGAAACCUACUGCCUUCGUGUAAACUGUCAGACUUUGACCAGCAGCACCCUUUUAAAUGCUGUAACUAUGUCAGCUGUGAAUUCAUAUUUUGGUGUUUUGGUCAUAUAUUUAAUAUUUAAAUGUAGUAAGCUUAUUUUUAUGCAAAAUCAUACAAUUCUCAAUGAACAGUUUGGCACAUUAUCAGCAAUACAAGUAAGAUAUUACACUGCUUCAGGUAUUAGUCCUGCCUGAUGUUGUCAUUAGACCAAAUCAUAUGACUGACUGUACUUUUAUUUUCACUUCAGCCAGGAAGGUCAAUGAUUACAGCCUGCAGGAGCUUUUACAGCCACUAAAAUCCUAUUGUAAAAUGAUCCCUUUAAUCCUUUUGUAAAAUGAUCCCUUUCCUCAUGAUUUCUUUAUUAUUUUGCACUGAGUGAGUUUACAUGUGCACUAGUAUCCUGGUUAUGUGUUAUGCAAUUACAUAUCAUAUCCUGGUUUAGAGAAAUUCAGAAAUUCUACUUGGAUUACUCUGAUAGAAACCAGGAUAUUUUGUAAUGUAAACAUUUUAUACCAUGUUUGCAGGUGCUUCCUUAGCUUGAUUUUUGUAGUAGUUUCAGUCAGUAAAACAAAGAAUAUUACAAUUAAUGAUGAUCAACACCCAAGUACGAAUUGAGAAAUGCAGAAAGAAAACAAAAUAAAAAAAUGUACGUCUUGUACAUUACUGGUGAUAAAAUUGAGAACUUAAAUUGAGCCGGGUGGGAAAUACAGCAGAAUUAUGUUACGGACUACCUUAGCAAGAACAGGAAUGAUUGGCUGAGAUGUUGAGGAAAUCAAAGACGCACUUGCAUACAUGAUUAGAAACCUGAAUGCUGUUAUUACCACGUCAACGGAAAAAUAUGCAUAAUCAGGUUUCUCUUGUUUCAUGUAAACGUGACAUUCAGAGUAUGAGUCAGAACCAAGAUGUUAUUGUGUUCUUGGUUUACUAAUGUGUAGUGAUGCUCAAUUUCUGGGUCCAACACUAUAAUACACUAGGACAGCUGUGGCUCAGGAGGUAGAGCGGGUCGUCCACUAACCAGAAGGUCGGUGGUUUGAUCCCCGGCUGCACCAGCCCGCAUAUCGAAGUGUCCUUUGGGCAGGAUACUGAACCCCAAAUUGCUCUAGAUGGUUCACCAUCAGUGUGUGUGUGUGUGAAUGGGUGAAUGGGUGACAUGUAGUGUAAAGCUCUUUGGGUGGUUGAUCAGACUAGAAAGGUGCUAUCUAAAUGCAGCCCAUUUAAUAAACUUGCCACUUUCACAAGCACAAGAGUCAGCACACAAUAUAUUCUGUAAUAUUGCAAACAUAAAUAGAAAGUUCAGUGUAAAUGCUGCUGGUUAGUCACUUCCAUGAAGGCCUGUACAGAAGCGCUGAUAAUCAAAAGAAACCAAAGUGACUUGUAAUUUCACUCUGUAAUGUGAUUAGCCUUUAACUGUAUGACUGUGUCACUGUUGAUAUAAGCUGAACUAUCGAUGCAGAUGAUAUUAUUGUAAACAUGUCAGUGAUUGCAUUCCCUUUAAGAUGGAAUUGACUGGAUUUUCUGCAGCAAGACUUGAAUAACAGUUGAAAAAUAAUGAAUGUGAUGUAUUUUUAUGCAUUAUUUAGCAUUAAGGAUUUGUAAUAUUGAGUAUGUAGAUUUAUUUAACCUGGUAGCAAGAUGUCUUAUGUAUAAAUAGAGUUGACUGGACUUAAAAAUGAAAGAGAUGAAGAUGUUUGAAGUGUGAAGAGAAAAACAUUUUCAAUCAUCUCCACAAUUUUAAGUGCAGUGUUUUCUUUUUUUUUCUUUGUCAAGUUGAGCUUUAAUAAAAUUUGAUAAGUUAUUCAUUUAA